AUGGCUGCCGCUGAAGCACCGCAAGCAGCGUCGCCCAUCGACAACUACGAUGAAGCGAAGUGCCUAGCAGCCCUGGCGCAGCUAGAGCAUCUGAAGCAUCAACUCGAUGACUUGCGACUCACGCUUCCACGCAUCCUUGAGCCCUUCCACAUGCCCUCCAAGCCUCCGAUGUUCCACGCCUUUAAAGACAACUUGAUCAAAGCGCAACGCGACAUGAAAACAUUUAAGUCACAAUGGCAGGGCCAGGAAACGCAGAACAUCCUAGAGCACGCCAGGAAGAGCGUGGCUGCGGACCCGGAUCUGAGCGCAGGCGCGCAGAUCCAGCAGUACGGCUGGAUAGAGAAGGAAACAAAGCAAAAUGACGCAGCAAAGAACAACGGGGAUGGCGAAGAGCGUCCCGACGACCUGGGCAUCCGUAUUACGAAUGAAGAGCGGGACAGCAUUGUGGGACAAUGGAGGCAGACACAUCCGACGAUCAAGAUAGAGGAGGUAGAUGAUGGGAAACAGCUCCUGAUCCCGUUCGUUGGCGACUCAACCAAGUACCGCUUUCGGGUCACGAUCUCGGAGGGAGCAACUUCGCCGCAAGCAAUCCAAGCCGAAUGUGAAGGUGCAGGAGAACCUUUCACGUCUGUCACAAGAUGCCUCGCUUCACGACCGAAUCCGAAUGAUUUAAAACACUUGUUGGACAUGAUUGCAGCGUACAAAACUGUGAAAGGCCUCCAAUGUGCCAAAUGCAAGAAGAUGCUCGAUGAUGACACAACAAAGCCGAUUGCUAGAAGGUGUCGUCAGGCUACAGGGGCAAGCGAAACGUCUGAGACAGUGUGGGAGCCGUUCCACGAGGGAUGCCUAGUGUGA